AUGUCUUCUACCAAACGUGAAAAUCAAUCUGAUAUCGAAUCAUACAAAACACCAUUUUCUGUCUCUCAAUUAAUCAUUAGCUUACUACUCGGUACAUAUUUUCUAACCGUGGAAAUCAUUGAAUUGAGCUUGUCAACUUAUGCUUGGAAACAAAAUAAAUUAGAAGUUUAUCAGCAGUACUUAAUAUUCAAAAGUGAAGCACCCAUUUGGAAAUAUUGGCAAUUAUUUACAACUUUGAUUGUACCACUAACUAUUUUUGCGACAACGAAAGAUUUAUUUCAAAUUCUAACGAAAAAAGCGACAACUCAACGUCAUCUAUUAGAUAUCAUCGCAGCGUUUCAAUUGUAUGGUAUUCUAUACACGAUUAUUGCACGUAUAAUGCCUUUGGAAAGUCGGCUUAUCGAAGAGACAUCAAAAGAUAUAGCACAUGACUUGAAUAUGAUUCAUUGGAUUGCAUUUAUGUUAAAUAUUCUCGGAUGGUGUAUACCAAUCUUUCGAUACAGAGAAUCAAAAUACGCUAAAUAUUUUCAUCUUGAAAAGAAAAAAGAAGAGUAA